CAAGACCAGGAUGAUUGCAGCACCAACCCGCUCAUUUCACAGGACUCCCAGGUCUCCUGCCGCAAAGGCAGUAGGAAGUCCCCCAGCUGAGGUCACAGUAGCUGAAUCUGAAGGCCAGCUGCAGUUGAACAGCAAUUCCUCACAUGCUCUCAGAUCUCCAAGCAGACAGAGGGCUUCUAGCUGUGGAAAACAGCCCAAAAUUCAAAGCAGACCUGCACCCUUGUCAUCAGCCUCCAAAAACCAGAGUGAUUCUUCUCAAGCGAGGAAACUUGUAUCUAAAACAACGCCAUGUUUGCCUGCGGAAGUGUUGGAGCGACAGCAGGAGGCAGCCCCCAGCCACAGCAGGGCCUUCACAAGUGAACCCUCUCCAGUGGCUCCAAAGUUAUUACAGGGCAUUGUGUCAUUUACAAAGGUCCAUCCACCUCUGUCCACCUUGACCUCAAGGAACCAGAGUAUCUCCUUUGAACGCGAGAGGAUUGUGAAGGCCAACAAGCUGAGGGAGCUUCUAAAGCGAGAAUGGAAAAAAGAGAGGAAGCACAAGAAAAGCAAAUCCAUCGUUUCUGAAUGCAACACACCACAGGACCGUAACAAGAUGACAAUGGCAGACCUUAUCCACUAUCUUCCAGACACCAAUCCAAUGAAAUCCUACCUCGUGGAGGAGAUGAAACACACUGAAAAAGUUGUUCCGUCAUCACCGUGCAAAAAUCUGCAUGAGGACCCACGAAAAAAUGAAGUAGAGGAUGACAGGCAUGUGGAGGAUACUGAUAAUGAUCCUGCCCAGGAUGCUCAGCUGGCAGUGCCUAGGGUAAAAGUGGCAGAAGACGGUUCCUUGAUUAUCGAUGAGGAAAGUUUAACUGUUGAGGUCUCGAGGGUUAAAGGCCCUAACACAGUGGAGGAGAAUGACCCCAUUUUUGAACGUGGAUCUUCAACGACUUACUCGAGCUUCCGGAAAACCAGCUACACUAAGCCCUGGUCUGACAAAGAGACAGACAUGUUCUUCUUGGCCAUCAGCAUGGUAGGGACUGACUUCUCCAUGAUUGGCCAGCUUUUUCCUCACCGUGAAAGGGCAGAGAUUAAGAACAAAUUCAAAAAAGAAGAGCGAACUAAUUCUUGGAGGAUUGAUAAGGCUUUCAGAGAGAAGCGCCGACUUGACCUUAACUACUUUAACACACUCCUGAAGAAGACUCUGGCUGAGGAGAACAUGAAGCGGGAGAAAUCUAAACCUGAUAGUCAGAUCAAGAGAAAGGUAGCAAGAAAACCGUCUAGUAAACAAAAAGGUAAGGUCCUUAGCCCUAAUGACCAAACUGCUGAGGAGGAAAUGGACAACGAAGUGGCUGAGGUGGACUCUGAGACAGCUGAGAAAGAGAAUGAGGACUGCACUAAUGUCAUUGAGGCUGCAAACGAAGAUGCCUCUUUCCAAAGGAAACACAAAUCUAAACUUGAGGAACUGGAAGAUUCAUCCUCUGAAAAGCACACAAAUGGAAGGAGGCCAAUUAACUGUAGUAAUGAUGAUGAUGCUGUAGUCAGUGAUUUAGUUACAGACACUCCAGCAUCUCAUGCUGAUGCGAAAAGGUUGGAGACACCUGAUCAUCCUGAGGUAGCCAGAAAGGGGCCAGUGAUCAAGCCAGCCCAGCUGUCAAGGGGACGCCUCCAAAAACCUAUCCCAAACUUUGAAAGGCACUGGGCCAAGAAGCUUCUGGGGAUGAAAGAAAAGCCUUGUAAUAAAGCUAAAGCAGGAUGUGAGCAAGAUCAGGAAAUUGGUGUCAUAGAGGCUGGUGCUGAAGCUGAAGGAUACGUGGAGAACAAGCCUCAGCAAAGUAAGAGGCAAGCUGGAGGCGUCACCUCUCUUGACGAUGAUAAGGACGAGGAUACAGAGGAUGAGCUGGACCUAAUGGCCAUGCAGGAACAGAUGCUCAACAAGCCCACCAGGUCAGGAAGAAUCCCGAAGAUAUCCCAGGUCUUGCAACAGGCUGGAGAGGAAGACUCCCCUGAUGAGGCUUCAUCCACCUCUCCUCCACCACAACCAAAGGCCUCCCCCAAACAGCAGCGCAGGAGAGCCAAACCUAAGCCCAACUUGGACAUGAGCAAGAGGAGCAAGGGAGGCUUGAGGUCCAAGCUGGUCACCUUGCGAGCCCCACUUCCAGAGGACUGCGAGGAAGAGGAACAGAGUGAGGCCCGGCCCGAGGAGACCUACAGUUUUCCCAUCAACCCUGAGGAGCAGAACCAGGCACCUGCCUUUGUGCCCUUGAGCCUACGUUCUCCAGAACCUGUGAGGCUGGAGGUUGAGGAAAGCAUGGAGGAGCUUGAGAUUUCGGUCAAUGUCCCUGAUGUCCUGGACGUGUCUGAAACUCAGGAUAGCCUCUGUUCUCAGUCAGAGUGCCCAGGGGUGCAGGAGGAGGUGACUGUGACUACAGAACAUCAGUUAGAUCUACUUGUUGAUGUGAUGGAGUAUUUGUCCCCAGAACAUGAAGAAGUGGUAACAAACUCUGAAGAGAGCUCUAAUGAGGCGGCCCGGACACUCCUGACAAUAAGAAACCCAGAACUCUUCUCCCUAGCUACCUCCACAUGCCACACUGAAGCUUCCAUUCCUGAGGAGCCCACCUUAAAGAAGCCCGAAAAAGAGGAUGCAACUGGGACGGAGAACAAGCCGGAACAUAUUGAGCAAACACUGUGUGUUGCAGAGCCUUCUCAUACCAAGACCUGUGACUUCUCUGACCCCAGCUCUUUAGACAGGGCUAAUCACCCACAGCCUGAAUCUGCAGCACACUUAGACAUGGUACAGGAAACCUAUGGAUCCGACAAUCAACGGAUAGAGACCUCUUGCCCGUCUCCAUCGUGUCAAGAGAGUAACAUCUGUGCCAGUUCAAGAGAUGCAGAGGACCCCUCGUCUGACUUGAGCUCAUUUCUUAAAGCCACACAGAUCAGAAAAAGCCGGUUUGCAAAACCCAGACCAAAUUUGGGAGGAAUAACCCAAAAAUGUCAAGUUCAGCUGAGCCGGAGUAGUGUACCCACCAGCUCAGAAGAUGCUGCUGACUUUGCUUCAAGCCCAGUUUUUCUGAAGCCUUUUGAAGAAGAAAAGAGUAAUGCUGAGAAUAUUGCCAAGGGUAAAGUUUUGGAAGAAAGCAAGGAUGAAGGAGCAAGUGUGAAAAAAAUGAAUGAAAGGUUGGAAGACUCAGCUAAUUCUCAGGAAGGGGCCCAGAGCUCUGAUGCAUUACCUCCGAGGACCAGAGAGCCUCAGAGCCGGAGAAGUCGAUUCCCCAAGCCCAAACCCAACCUGGAUCGUGCCACUCGAAAUCCACAGAGGGCAACAUCCCAGACACACUCAGCACCUAACACAGGGAUGGGCGAAUGGUCGGUCGGCGAACUGAACACAGGCGAAGAUCCGAAAACGGGGUCGAGGGACAAGGACUUGAGCAAAGUGAGGACAUCUAUGAGUGAAGCUCAGUUAAAGGAAGGUGAAAGGCCCGGAUGCAAAGCAACAAUUGAACAGCAACAAGCCACAAAUCUCCACACUGACAAGGAGCUUGUCUUUACCCCCAGUGGCACAACAGAAGAUGAGUUCAACCACCGGGAGCCCACUAUUAUCCUGACUCUGUUCCAAAUUCCAUCAUCGCCAGCUGAUGAGUACGAGUCCAGCUCUGUUCCAGUUGGGACAGUCACCGCUGAGCUCCUCUCUCCUCUAAUGUUUGUGGAUGCACAGUCUGAACCUCAGAGGUAA